GGUACCGGCGGCACGGACGCGGCGGCGGCGGCGGCGCUGGACGAGCUUCGCUCCUGGUGGGAAGUCCCGGCCAUCGCGCACUUCUGCUCGCUCUUCCGCACCGCCUUCCGCCUGCCCGACUUCGAGAUCGAGGAACUGGAAGCUGCUCUUCACAGGGAUGAUGUGGAGUUUAUCAGCGACCUGAUCGCCUGCCUUCUUCAAGGUUGCUAUCAGCGCAGAGACAUCACAUCCCAGACAUUUCACAGCUACCUGGAGGACAUCAUCAACUACCGCUGGGAGCUGGAGGAAGGGAAACCCAACCCCUUGCGAGAGUCCACCUUUCAGGAGCUACCACUGCGCACCCGAGUCGAGAUCCUGCACCGCCUCUGUGACUACCGGCUCGAUGCAGAUGAUGUCUUUGACCUCCUCAAGGGCUUGGACGCUGACAGCCUCCGUGUGGAGCCGCUGGGUGAAGACAGCAGCGGGGCUCUGUACUGGUAUUUCUAUGGCACACGGAUGUACAAGGAGGACCCAGUGCAGGCGAAAACCAACGGAGAGCUGGCUCCAGACAGGGGAUGUGGGGGACAGACAAAUACUCCAAACGUUCCUGGGAAAACAGGCAAGAGACGAGGGCGACCCCCAAAGCGGAAAAAACUACUGGAGGAAAAUUUGCUGAGGGAGAAGGCAGAAGAGAACUUGCUAAUCCGUGAGACUCAGAUAAGAAAUGGGUCCCAAGGGCCAGGCCGUGGGACAUGGUGGCUGCUGUGCCAGACGGAAGAGGAAUGGAGGCAGGUCACCGAGAGCUUCAGAGAGAGGACUUCCCUUAGAGAGCGGCAGCUCUACAAACUCUUGAGUGAAGACUUCCUGCCGGAGAUCUGCAACAUGAUUGCACAGAAGGAGAAGCGUCUACAGCGGACAGAGUUUUCUCCCAGGUGGAUGUCUGACCAUCAGCCCAUCAAACCAAUCAAGCAGGAGGUAAACCCAAAUGUGCUCAGUUCAGUGGAGAAGCAGAGGCGCAGAGAGGAAGAAGAGGAGCGCCAAAUCCUUAUAGCGGUGCAGAAAAGGGAGCAGGAGCAGCUGCUAAAGGAGGAGAGAAAGAGAGAGAUGGAGGAGAAGGUCAAAGCAGUGGAAGAACGAGCCAGGAGGAGGAAGCUUCGUGAAGAGCGGGCCUGGCUGCUGGCACAGGGGAAGGAGCUCCCACCUGAGCUUUCCCACUUGGAUCCCAGUUCCCCUACCAGGGAAGAACGAAGGGCCAAGGAUCUCUUUGAACUGGAUGAUGAGUUCACAGCCAUGUAUAAAGUUCUAGAUGUGGUAAAGGCUCACAAGGAUUCUUGGCCUUUCUUGGAACCUGUUGAUGAAUCAUAUGCUCCCAACUACUACCAGAUCAUUAAGGCCCCCAUGGACAUCUCUAGCAUGGAGAAGAAGUUGAAUGGAGGUCAGUACUGCACCAAGGAAGAAUUUGUGGGCGAUAUGAAGACCAUGUUCAGGAACUGUCUUAAGUACAAUGGUGAAGGCAGUGAAUAUACCAAGAUGGCUUACAAUUUGGAGAGAUGUUUCCACCGAGCAAUGAUGAAGCACUUCCCUGGGGAAGAUGGAGACACGGAUGAGGAGUUCUGGAUCAGAGAAGACGGGAGGCGGGAGAAGAGGAGCCGGCGGACUGGCCGCUCCAGUGGUGGCAAUGUUUGGACUCGGUCACGAGACUCAGAGGGACCAGGCAAGAGGCAGCAACGCCUGGAAAACGGAGGGAAACCUCCACCGUAUCGAGCUACUUCUAGGGCUCCUGCUUCUUCCUCUUCCUCCUCGUCUUCCUCCUUCUCCUCAUCCUCUGCAGAGGAUCCAAGUGGAAAUGCCAUGCAGCCUCCUCGAGAAGUGGGCCCUUCCAAUGGGAGAGGUUUCCCCCGCUCGCUGCAGUACGGUGGCAUGCCCAGCCCUGUGCCACAUCCUGGCCAGAUGAGACCAGCCGUACCAGGAACGUUUGGACCCCUGCGUGGAUCAGAUCCAACGAAACUUUAUGGCUCACCGCGAGUGCCAGAGCCCCAUCCUGGAGACCCGGUUCAACAGCACCAGCACUUUGCCAUGCAGCCUGCCGUGGGACUGAGCGAGCACCGAGGGCACAGGCUGGCCACUCCCGAGAAGCAGGUGUGUGCAGGGCCGACCCACAUUGCUGGUCUUGGACCCCGUCCCAGCGCCUUGCAGCUUGGGUGCAUGAGUGGACCCCCUCCUGACGCCGUCUACUCAGCAGCGCAGUUCCAGCAGGGAUUCCUUCCUCCCAGGCACAACGGGCCUCCAGUGAGGCCGCCAGAAGGUUCCGAGAUGCCACCAGGACACAUGUACCGACCCUACAAGUACCUGAACCGUGGGCACCCUGCCUUGUGGAAUGGCAGCCAUGGAGCCAGCGGCCAGAGUGCGGUGGGGCCAGAGGAGAAGGCACCCCUGGGGCCAGCGCCCUCGCUCCAGCCCCGUGCCAUCGGCCAUAUGAUGGAGCCCCGGGCCAUACGGGCACCUCUGCCUCCCAGCCAGUGGACUGAGCAAUCAAACUUUCUACCUCACGGGGUGCCUCCCUCAGGGUAUAUCAGACCACCUGGGAAAACCGCCAGCCAGAGAAUGCCGCAGCCACCAGCCGCUCUUUUUGGGGGACCGCCUCAGGUUCAAAGAGGGUGCCAGGGUGGGGACUCCAUGAUGGACAGCCCAGAGAUGAUCGCCAUGCAGCAGCUGUCAUCCCGUGUGUGCCCGCCAGGCGUGCCUUACCACCCUCGCCAGCCGCCCCCGCCGCACCUUCCCGGGCCCUUUCCCCAGCUGGCUCACGCUGCCUCCACUGGCAUGCCACCCCCAAAGCCUGUCGUUGGGAAUGGGAGCUCACAGGAUCAGACCAUGGAGCCGGAGAGCAACCAAGUGGAGCCACUGGCCGGCGUGGAGGAGAAGGCUCAGUGCAUCGGCAUUCCCGACAGGGCCUACGCCAAACUCCUACCUCAUCCCAAGCCCCCCCUGCCCAUGGAGUGUGCCCGGCGCAACCUGCCCCCAGAUGGGGAGGGAGAUGGCUCCGGCCUGAAGAGUGAUCUGAAGGCCAACCAGAGCAAGGGCACGUGGCCGGCCGAGAGCAGCUUUGCCGGCCCAGCUGCCCAGGGGUGCAUGAGGGACCUGGCAUCCACCCCUGAGCGAGGAGGACCCGUGUCUGAAAACGGGGCAGCGGGCGAAGGGCCGGCAGAGAGCAAGGGGUUGGCUGCCAGCCUGAUGGAGAAGCCCCUCUGCGGUGGAGGGAAGGCUCUGCCCGAAGCUGCCGUGCCUUGCAUGGGGCAGGGCACCAGCCUUCCCACCAUGGAUGCUGGCACCGUGGGAGCUGCCCCCAACCAGUUCCACCCUCUCUACAUGCCGGGUCUGGAAUACCCGAAUUCAGCUGCUCGUUAUCACAUCAACCCGGGGCUGCAAGGGUUCAGCCCAGUGAUGGGUGGGAAGCCUCCCCCAGUGUCCCACCCGCAGCAUUUUCCUGCACGGGGCUUCCAGCCAAGCAGUGCCCAUCCCGGGGUCUUCCCUCGCUAUCGGCCCCACCAGGGCAUGCCCUACCCCUACCAGCCCCAGCCUCAACCUUCAUACCACCACUACCAGCGGCCACCCUACUACGCCUGUCCGCAGGGCUACUCGGACUGGCAGAGGCCUCUUCACCCCCAGGCCAGCCCCAGCGGCCACCCACCCCUGGCCAGACCCCCUUUCUCUGACCGGGGGAAUGUGAGCAGCUUGCAGGGCUGCGAGGCACUGAGUGCUGCCCUGGCUUCUCCCAACCGCAUGGACGUAGCGAGUGCCAAAGAGGUUUCUCCAAGCGACGGGCAGGAUCUGGGGCCUGAAGAUGAGAAGUCUGAGGAAUCCCAGGAGCGGCCGGAGAGUCCCAAAGAAUUCCUAGAUUUGGACAACCACAACGCAGCCACGAAGAGGCAAAGCUCGGUGGCAGCAGGAGAGUUUCUCUAUGGAGCUCCCCCACCUCACCUGGGUUCGGGAAUGGGAUUUGGGCCAUCAGCUUUCCCUCCCCACGGGAUGAUGCUGCAGACUGGCUCUCCCUACACAUCCCGGCAUCCCGCCGGUCAUUUCCAGCCCAGGACGUACGGAUCACCCAUGAAUGCCCACCUGUCUCAUCAUCCAGCCCCUGGCCAAGCUAAUGGCCUCUCUCAGGAGGGACCCCUGUACCGCUGCCGGGAGGAGAACAUAGGUCACUUUCAGGCCUUGCUGAUGGAGCAGAGAGGCAGUGGAGGUGGCAUGGGGGGGCCACCCCAGGACUUGUAUAGACCAUCGGGAAUGCAAAUGCAUCAGGCUCAAGUUCCUUUCCCGAAGAUGCCUACAGCAACCAUGUCUCGAGAAGAUCUGACGCCACAAAAAUCAUCAGCGUUGCCUCUGGAUCAAAGCUAGUCUGAGGAAGGAAGGACCUCACGAAGAUGAAAGCCACACGUAAUUUGGACAAAGGGGAGGAGGGGCAGGCCUUCCUCCCACCCUCCCCUCAUCCAAGCAGCAUGUAGCUUCCCGGGUCCACGGAUCGCAGCAUCCCGACGGCGUUAGCGCUGGAAUUCCGGAGCUGUGCUGGGCCCCAGCCAACCGGCCGAGCAGCCGGCUUGCCAGCACGGGGCGAGCAUGGCCAAACUAGUGGCUUUCUGUGACUGGAGACUGCGUCUCGUUCAGGGUUUGAGGGAUUUUGGGGUGGGGAGGGUGGGGGUGGGGGCUGGAACUUUCAUUGACUGCUAAACUCAGGUAUAUUUUUCAGGGUGGAAGAGGACGAUGAUGGAAUUUUACUUGUAGUAUUAACGUGUGUGUUUUGGAGCUGGAUCCAGUUUACAGAAUUUAACCUGUUGCCUUUUUAAAUAAAUUUCUGUUGUUGGUGAAUGUAUUGUACAUAAUGGGGGAGGGGGUGGGCCCAGCUUGUAGUGGGCUUAGCACUGGAGGAAUCUGUUUACAAUCAUAUCACACUGAAGUCUUUCAGGAUAGGGUGAGGGUCUGGGGGAGCGGGGAGAGGUCAGGGAACAUGCGAUGAAUGAUUUGCUGUCCUUUGCAGCUGUGACGCCGCCCGAUAGUUGUUAGGCUGAAUAUCAGGAAUUGCUCAGGAGCAUAACGUGUCCUCCUUUUUCUCUUCUCCUCUUCCUCCUUCACUCUCACCCCUGCCUCUGCCCCUCCAGAUCCAGGGCCUGAGUGCACUUCCAGCUCCUGUCAUCAUGGGGGAACAAGGAAACCAGGACCAGGAAUUGAAACCAGCACAGGACGCUCACAGAAUUGUCCCUUCUGCUAGCGUAGUACCCUUCUCCCUGCCUUUCUCGUAGGAGUAGUUUGUACUCAAGGAAACAAGAAAGGGCCCAGUUGGUCACCUUGGACUUAUUUUGGUGAAACCAGUGCCUGCAGACUGUGGAGCAGCACCUACCCCAUGGAACAAGUGUUGUACAGGGCUGUAUUCCCUGCUGACAAGGAAGGGAACUGCAUCCCUCCUUAGUUUCUCUGUCCUUUGCUAUAUUUACCUACGGGCAGCAGUAAAGCAGAAAGUAAGCUGAGAUCCCUGACAUCUCAGUUGCCUGUGGAAGAGCAUGAGGUUGGUUUGAUGGAGCAGUUUGCUACAGUGUGAGCUGUUUGUUGGCCUGAGGAAUUGGGUUUGCUUGCAGCAAGUAGCAGGUGAUUCAGCAAGCACUGAUUUGAAAUCUGGAGUUGAUGGAAUGGCUCAGUAAGAGACAAGAGAGCUGUGUGCUUGAAUGGAGUCUGUUCUUCUCCAUCUUUGGUGCUAUAGUAGCAUGUUCCACAGGCUGGUGGCAACUUCCCUCAAGUCAAUACACAGUCUGUAGGGACUCUUCACCAGCAGUGGCACUGCACAGAGGAACCCCUGUGCCCCAAGUCUUUGGCCAGACGCUGAAGUGUAGUUUUGACAAGUUGCUUAGAAAUCUCAUCAGCAGGUAUGUAUCCACAUAAACUAUGUUAAAACUAACAUAGGUGAAUGUUUUUGGCAGAGCUGGAGUAAAGCCAGGUAGAGUUGCUACACUGCAAGUCUGGGCAGAAAGAUCUGGAUCACAGCCUCAGUAUGGGCUGCAGUUGGCAUUGAAGGGACAGUAGUGUAAUUAGGAUGUGCCAUUGUGCCUGCCAAAUUGUGGUAGCAGAGGUGAGCGUGUGAGGACAGAACAGCAUGCCCCAGAGUCUGCAGUAGCAGCCAGGGAAGGGUUCCUGGCUUCAGGUUUCUGGAGAAUUUAUCUGCCUGUGUUGCCAUUUCAGAUGGUGCCGUCACCCAUAGUAGCUGCUUUGCAUCAGCAUGCAUGGCCACACCGAGCCUAACAGGAGUUAGAACUUCUUCCUGCUAGUCCCACAGGUGUGUUUAUGAGACUGCUCCUUACUGAGUGCUUCAGCCAGCCCGUGGCCUGCAGCUGCUCCCUCUUCUGGCUCCUCCCCAGAGGAAGACUUUGGUGUGAGAAUGAGUGUAAGUGUAACCACUGUUCAGUUCAGCGAGCUUAGGACAAAUGAAGAAGCAAUUGCUUCUCUUUUUAAGGCUGUCUUUAGUUUUCGUAGUUAAUUUUCAUUAAAAAUGGAGGCUCUGUAAAGUCUAACUUAGAGCAAAGUAUUUGAAAUGCUGGGAACAUGAAUGCGUCUUCUGCAAACAACCCUUGUUGUACUUCAGCCUAUGUCUUCUGCAUCAAGGAUGGUUACCCAGAUACUUGAAGUGCCUUUGAGCUUAUGGAGAACUUUAUGGAAUAGGAGGUUUUAGAUGGUAUAAAAAAAGCCAGAGCACUCUUGAUCUUCAUCUGGAACUGGCACUGAGAACACGGGGGGGUCACAGUAUCUGGAUGGGUGCCAACCCUAGGUCAAAACAGGAGGAAUAAGGCAAGAAUUGCUUGUGGUCUGCCUGCAGAGAAGGUAAUGGAGAGUUAGGCAGUGAUAGAUAGCCCUAGGAUCCUAUAUGGAGUAUGAGGCGUGCUGUCCCUUACCUGGCAGGGUUGAGAGGGUUUCUGAGUAAAUGGCUUUUGAUUGGUAGUUGGUAGUUGUGAUGAAAGUGACUAACAGAAGUUAGUUGCUACUGGGGGGACACGUGGUUUGUAUUAGAAAAGAGCUGAUGUAGCACAGAGGGAACAAUGGCUGGACUACAGGGAUAUCUUAGGGACAGGGCCAAGUGUUGCUUGUGGAACCUUAGUUCUGAGUUUCCAGACUUUGAAAUACUUUGCUCAGUAAUGUUUGUGGGUUGUGUUUGGAUUGGAUUCUAUUUUUGUUGUUGUUGUUGUUGUUUUGUGAUGAUAUCUAAGCACACCACCCCUUUUUCCCCCCAAAAUCAGAGUUUUAUCUCGCUGGGUACAAUCUGAACAAAUAACUGAAAAUUUGCACCUCCCAGAGACCGGGAGCAGUUAGUGGGGUGGGACAACAGCAAAAGUGCACAGAGAGAAGCAGAGAAUGAAAUUUUCAUUGUUUCUGGUCUCCCACCUAUGCUGUGUGGGCUGGUUUGUAGAUACUGUUAAAGGGACAGAUUUAACGAGGGAUUUAGAAUAGAGUAAACCAGCAGCUCUUUAGGUACAAGCUGAGGUUGUUUUCCUUGAGUUGGUGUACAGUGCUGAACAAAAGUAGCUGCAUUUUUUAAAAUAGCCUUUGAUUAUUGUAUUCACGUCACUCGAAAGACUUUUCAGCAGAGUACAGGAAAAUUCUGGAAUCUGAUGAGAACCUCCUCUUUCUCAUCCUCUGCAGUGCUGUAGUACAGUAUAUUGCCAAGUGAACCUUUUUCAGAAGGCAUAUUGGGCAAGUGACUUUGCAAAGUUUCCUGUGGGUAUUAUUUUUUUUCAUAUGAAAUACGUGUUUUGUAAUUAUAGAUGUAGGUCACUCUCAAAGUUAUGCCUCCUGUUUAUUUCCUCUCUUUUCCCGCAUGGAGGAAUUCAGUUCUGUGCUUCUGCUUUAAACACACUUCCAUGUCAGAUGCCAUUCUGUCAGACUGCCUUUCUGCUGCCAUCUGUCACAUGGCAACAAAGUGUAACAGAAUAUUGGUGAGAGGGUUCAACUGCCAUAUCACCAACAUUCAAUUCUGGCAUCGUGGGCCAGCAGAAUAAAAUAGGAGGCAUUACUUUCAUAGCAGCCCUUGUAGGUGUCGAACAAGAUUGCAUAAUAGAACAAACACAGCGCUGAGCAUGCCAAAAUCUCCUAAUGCUCUUGUGGUACAAGUGGCACGUGAUGCUCAGUCCCAUUCUAAAUGCAGUUGUAUCAUCUUUGACUCUGGGAACUUUUGGCAUCUUCAGCACCAUGGGGCCCUGGCAAUUGAACCAAGUAUUUUGGGAAGAUCAGUAGCUGAGGGUUGGCAGGGAUCUGAGCCGUGUCCAGAGCAGAAGUUUGCAGUCUUUAAAAUGCCAUGGUGUGACCAAAGCGUGUGGUGGCAAGCCACAGUACCAGGCUGCAAUGAAAAGGACAAAAGAGGAAAGCAAAUUUGAAGUUUCAAGGCCUGGCUGGUUUGAUCUGUGACUUUAAAGUACACGAAGACACUUUUCUUGGAAUGGCUUCUAGUUCUUUCUCAUCUGCUGAAUGCCUUUCCCAUGCAGAAUUCUGAAGCAAAUCUCCUGUGUGUAUUUUUGUACGUGUGGUUUCUUGGGGUCUUGGAGAGCUAUCAGCUUCUUGAUGUCUUAUCUGAAAGCUCAUCACGGGGGCUGUCUCUCGUUCUGCUGACUGAGGCAGCUUCUCUUUCUUUACAGCAACACUUCUCCAUUUAAGAUGAAAGUAUAAUGAGAGAACGACCCGCAUUUGUCUGCUCCACUGAAGGCUGUCAGCUUUCUGUGCAUUCUGCACUUAUAUGCAGUGUCUGAGAGACCAUGGGCUCUUUGUAGUUUUAAUGCUGAUAGCCUAGUACCCACUUGGGCUUUUCCUCCUUGUUCUGCAGCAGUGGAGAUACGGCACAGCUCUUCCUCUUUCUAAAAUGUGGAUGUCAGAGGAGGGUGCAUGCAGGAGAGAGCCAUGACUGCAUCCAGCAGUGGAAAGGGAGAUGAGAGAAUAAUUAGGGCUAAAGAAUCAUUGGGAUUGUCACCAGCUCCACAAGGUCUCUCUAUCCAUUGCUUUUGUUUGUUUGGGAAAAACGUGGCUCGCUGGCAGAAGAGCAGUAAUUGGGAAAUUGGCACCUGAUUAGAAGUGGAACUGACCGUGGGCAGUUUCCUCAGUGUGGGCAACGUUGGGCCAGGGGCUGCCAAGGGACUCUUUGGGCCUUCCAAUCCACACAGGGCAAGUUGAAGUUGUGCAGCAGCAUCCUCCUGUCCCAAGGCAGCCAAGCAGCUGCAGGAACCAGGGCGUGGGCUUUUGCUUUGUGUCAUGCACCAGUGCUUCCCUUCUCCUUGCUACCUAGUUUUCAAGCUCCUUCAGUCUGUGCUUCACCACUGCUGUCAGAUGCAGAGACAGCAGCUCGCUGUCCGUGGAGGGGCAGAAGGUUCAGCUCACCAGCUGUCUCCUCUGCACACGCAGGCAGAAAGCAGGCAGGGAGUGCACAUCACCCUCCCUGUGACAUCAAGGUGUCCUUGGCGUCCAGCAGUGCCCUCCUAUCCACUGGGCUCACUGUGUGGCACUGGGUGCCAUCCCUCUGCCAGGCACCACUGCAGAGUGGGACCUGCUGUGUCUACCUCUGUGGUAACUUUGGUUAACAAAAAAAAUGCUGUGUACAGCCCAGAAAACUGUUAGCUCUAUUCCUUGGCAACCUCAGUGAGCACUGCUGCCUAAUUUCCCUGAGUGAUAACAGUGUGCAGCAGUGCAGCUCCAACCUUCCUGUGUCAUGGCAGGGAGGGGAUGGCUACAAACCACACUUCAGGGCUCCAGGACGUGGCUGGGAAGCGAGGUGCUUCCUGCAGCCCUGCUGCCACAUGGCUGCUUUCCCAGUGACCGAUGGGUUGGUUUAGGUCAGGAAAAGAACAACUGGAGCCGAGCCUGGAUUCAGGACUGGCAGGAGGGGGUGCCUGUUGUUGGCAUGCCCUGACUUUGUGCCUCCGGGUCAGGGGAGCAUCCAGAGCUGUCUGGCUUGGCACUGGGAGUGGGAGAGCCAAUGCUACUGCAUCCGUUUUCUGAAGUGGGGUGAUGUUGGGUGGGGUUGGUUUGCUUUGUCAUUUGGGUUGGAUUUUUUUCUUUUGUAUUAUUGUAAGUUUGUAAAGAAUGUAAUCUGUCUGUUGGGAGCACAAGGAGGACACGGGGCCGUUCUCUUUCUGGGUGAGACUGUUGAUGAGUUGCUGUGUGUUUUGGUGCUGGGUGGGGAGGGGCCCAGCAGCUGUGGGGGCUAAACCAGGCCCUGUCAACCCAUGGCGACUAUCAUGGGCAGCAGGAGGGCGAGUCGGUGCUGGGCAGCAACCUCCCAGCCUGAGUGGAAACCCUGCUCGCAUUCUCAGGUGGGGGGAUCUGAGCAUGCAGGGCCCUGGACAGGGCUCUCCUGCUCAGGGCUGGUCCCACUCAUCCUUGGCUCGGGUAGCAGCCGAGCUGCCCAGCUGCUGAGCAAAGGGAGGGCUGAAGCCAGCAGCCCCAAUUUCUCAGUGCAAGGACAAAUUUGAGCCGCAGCUGCCAGCCUGCGCUGGCCCUCGUGCCCGCCUCUCUCCCCAUCCCAUAGAGCACAGUGUCAGGGAUCCUCCUCUCUCUCCUGCUGCUGCAAGGUCGUGUGAACUUUCCUGGUCAAUACUGGAAAGGGGAAUGCUAUUUAUUUUUAUAUUGUGUAUAUUUUGUCUUGGUCUGCUGAUUACCUUUGUUCCCCAGAGCGACAGUUACCUCAAUAGUUAGUUUAAUACUGUGUGUUGGGUAAUUUUUUUAAAGAACUUUUUUAAAAGCUUGAUCCUUGGAGGUCUGUAGAUUUUAUUUCCAUAUGAAUUGGUUAUUUUGUAUAAAGUACGUUCUUAAAAUAGCAA